GAACGGGUCCGCCGCUGUGAGGCAGCCUGUGUGCAAAGUCGGGCGCCGGGAGGCAGCGGGGCGGCCCGCGGUGGCAAGCGAUCGGAUUGAGGAGGAAAGGGUUAGGAUGAAAUAGUACGGCUCUGGGGGCUCCCGUUUCUUCCUCGCUCCCGCCUCUCCCCCCCCCCCCGAAGCACCUGCAGCGGUCGUUGGACGAGGCUCCAACGUUUUCUUCAGGAUUGUGUUCCAAACCUUCAACUCCAUUUAGGUCUACCCCAGCAUGGUUACCUGGGCUUCUGUUGGCAUAUAAGUUGGAACGUGUAAAUUGUUUAGAAAGGCAGAACACAGCACAUACUAUUUAAAGUAUGGCAGAGAACAAUUUCCCCCCACUCCCAAAGUUCAUUCCAUUGAAGCCAUGUUUUUACCAGGACUUUAAUGAGAUUCCAGAUCAACAUCGUGUCCUGGCAAAACGCAUUUAUUACCUGUGGAUGUUGAACAGCAUCACACUUGCAGUGAAUCUGAUUGGCUGCCUAGCUUGGUUGAUUGGAGGAGGAGGAGCUGUCAACUUUGGACUGGCCUUUCUCUGGCUGAUACUGUUCACACCAUGCUCCUAUGUUUGCUGGUUUAGACCAAUCUACAAGGCUUUCAAGUCAGAUAGUUCAUUCAAUUUUAUGGCAUUCUUUUUUACGUUCAUGGCCCAGCUGGUGAUCAGCAUUAUUCAAGCAGUAGGAAUUCCUGGCUGGGGAGUCUGUGGCUGGAUAGCAACCAUUACCUUCUUUGGGACAAAUGUUGGCUCGGCGGUUGUGAUGCUGAUUCCAACUGCAAUGUUUACAGCUGUUGCUAUAUUGUCUUUCAUCGCGCUGACCAAGGUUCACAACUAUUAUCGUGGCAGUGGAGGAAGCAUGAGCAAAGCUCAAGAAGAAUGGACUACUGGGGCGUGGAAGAACCCACAUGUGCAGCAAGCAGCCCAGCAAGCAGCUGUUGGUGCAGUCCAAGGGUCCAUGCAGAACCCACAGUACACAGAAUACUCAGACACUCCCAACUACGCGUACAAUAACCAGAUGUAAGCUUCCUGCAUUAAUGCACCUCGUCAGUCUACAGAGCAUCUCCUGCAUUCGAGAUCAGGUGGAAAGUGCAGCGUGUUUUUUUUUGUCAAUAUUGUUCAGAGAUCGGGUGUUCAGAAAGCAGCUAAUAUUUGUGAUGUACACUAGAAACAAAUCAUGGUUACUGUAGAACAAUGUGCAAAUAGUUUUAAAAGAUGUGAUGUUAUUGAUAUUGAAAUUGUUUGUGACGAUAUAGGAUCCUUCCAACUUAAAAGAAAAAUCAUGCACACAUACAAAUGUAAUAAUGGUAGUCCAAUAACACUGAUGCCAGGUUGCCAGGAAUAAUCAGGAAUUUCUGCAGACGGGUGUAGUGAAAUUCCUUACCCGCAUAGCACUCCCAGUAUUGAUUACUUCUGCUGUAUUUUAGAUCAACGUUCUGAUUAUCCCUAGGCUCUUCUGUGGAAUCAGAGUAUUAGCCAAAGUGUGGAGGUAGUGCAGUGGCACAAGAUGAAAGAAACGGCCUCAAUUGAUCCAUUUGUCAUAACUUGUAGCUGUCUGAACCAGAAUUUCUAAAAGGUUCUGGUAAUUCUACAUGCAACUAAAUGUUGCAAGGGAUCAAUUUGUCCUUGGAUUUCAGAGCUAAAUGUGCGCAGGAGUAUCUACCACCAGUUGUAUUCAUCUGUGUUUCAAAUUCCAUUGUCCUCGCUGGAAGUGAAGAUGCAGGGGUCAGUGAAACUGACCGUCAAACUCCGCCACACAUUUAGCAACUAAAGAUGAAUUUCUCCCCCAAGUGCCUAACAUCUCAACCUAAUUAGAUACUUCAGUCCUGAAUUUCCGGUACAAUCAUUGUAAGUUAAAUAGAAUAAAUCAAUUUCAAAUUUUGUAUUAAAUGAAUAACAAUGCAUAAAAAUCCAAUGCUGCUUCAAGUAAUCCUACGUUGUUAAGCUAACAGACUAGACAACACAUAGGGAAAUUGUUUGAUUUGUGUUCCAAGAUGUUUUCUUAUGCACUAAAGUGAGUUUUAUUUUGCAGCAUUUUAUGGCUUAAUGUUUUCAGUUAAUUAGUGCUGUUCAUAUGUGAAAGACUUGGGAAUUCUUAAUUUAUGUUACUGCAUUAUUCAUCAAUUGCAAAGUCGUUUUCAAAAAAAAACACUGACAUUGUCAAACUUCUCAGGAACUUGGUUGGAGUCUCAAUGAAGCAUAUCUUUGCAACUUCAGUCGGUUUUGCCUUGCAUGUAACUGAGGGCUGGAGCAGUCAUAGCUGCAAGGAUCUUGAUUUGAAAUGCCACCUAACUACCAUGUUGCUUGUUGUCAUUUAAUUUGAGACUGCUGGUUAUGUUCAGCCUAUAACCACUUUUAUGCAUGUUAACUAAAGUAUCUUUGCAUAAUCUUUGUAGAAGCUUUCUCCAAUGAAAAUUUGAGAAUAGAGAUGAACAGCAAAUUUACAGACAAUGUCUGUCUUUAUAGUAAUGAAUGUUAUUUCCAUUCUUCUAUUGAUCUUUAUACACCCCCAACCUCCUAAGCUAUUAUCUUAAGUAGCAUUUUCAAAUGGGUCAGAAAGAGAGAGGCCAGAGAGAAAUGUACUAUAGGACAAAAUGAUGGCUUUUGGACUGGAUUAUACAAGUACAAGCAAUAAACGUCAGGCUUCUUGCAUAGAGGCUGAAUCAUAAACAUCUAAAUAGGGAAAAGAGAGCUUCCAGUUAAGAGUUUGAUUUAUCUUAGUUUAACCCAUUAAGAAAUGCAGUUGCACUCACCUGUAUUGGAAACCAAUUUAUCAUUAGCAAGUUCAGAGGCUGAACUAAGUACAAGCUGCAAGAAAUUUUGGCAUCCAAGACACUGGCAAUGGUCAGUUAAUGCACCCUUGAAUCAAAAAGGGGAAAAAAAAUGCAAGUGCUCAUUAACUGCGUCAGGGAAGUUGCUGCAAAUUGCAAGGGUCUCUGUUAAGCCAAUAAAUUGAAUCCGCCUGGUAGCAUUUGUAUUCCAAAAUAGAAAACUGGGGAAGGGUGACUUCGAAUUGAUUAUAGAAAGCAUGUGUUCCCAUUUUGCAAUCCUACAUAUUUCCAAGUUAAUCUUAAUCAGUAUUGUGAAGAGAUUUCUAACUUGCAAGGCUGCCAUGGUGUUCAGAUCUAAAACAAUUUGUACAUGGGAAGGGCAUAGUGAAUUAAUUUUGUACAGUAAAUAUAAUCUGAAAUAAGAAGCUAAGUUAAUUUUUUUGAAAAGUAUAGAUGUACAUAAGAUUAUUUAAACUGUGGUCAGUGGCUAUGGUGAUUGUGGCUUGGUAUAGUUGUUUAAAUUGUUGUAAGAGCAUGAAUUAUAGUUGGUUAGUGUGGUGUUUUGGGUUAAACGCAUACUUUGAGUUUGUUAUUUCUUGCUUUUACCCAUAGACUACAGGAAAAGUGCUUCAUGAUUCAGACUUGCGUAGUAGUAUCUUGGUUGUACGUAAAUUCUUACCAUGUUUUUUUUAAGUGAAUUAACUUGAAAUCACUGCCUUGGCUACUUUUAUCUUCUUUUCUAACUCGGAAAAUUGAGGAAUUGUUUAUGUCAAAGCCACUUAAAAAAAAUAACUAGACAAUUCAGCAUCCCUGGUACUAGAAAGUUGUUCAAUUUAUAUUUUGCAGAUACUAGCACUUUAGAAAUGUUUUGUCUGUGUAAAAGUGGGAAUCAUGAUCGUUUAGUAUUUUGUGAUGGAAUACAAUACAGCUCUGUAGCACUUUAAGUAAAAGGUUAAUGCUUUCUCAGUUGUGUAAUAGAGGCAUAUGAUCCAGGAAUUCCUGCAUGUUACCUUUAGAACAUGUGCAGCCACUGUACAUUUCACAGUAAGACUGAUUUUGCAUUAGAUGCAUUUCAUUAGAUGUAAAUAGUUAAAGUAAUUGUGAGAUAUUCUUUAUUGUGAAAAUUACAAUGGAUUUCAAAGGUUGUCACAUUUGAACAUUGUUCUAACUGCUGCUUGAUUAUGACAAACUUUUCAAAAAUGACUACCGUUUAAUGUACUUCAGAAUCUGUAUACUUUAUUCCAACCUAAGCACAAAAAUUUAUGCCAUAUAGUAAUUAAAAGUAAAUGCACUUUUUCCUGUCAGCUCUUAACCCCACCACCCCAUGGUUAAAUUGUGUUCCCUAUUGUAUAAUAUUAAAAUGACAAAAUAAAUGCUUAUAAAGUACUUUUGUGGAUAAAAUGUGCAGUGUAAAGCCAUUUAUCUAUCACUAGGACCAAGUACAAUGCCUUCCAGCAUCUCAAUAUUCUGCAAGUAAGCAAGAGCUAUUGCAUAACUCAAUGAACUGUAUAGAGAAAUGAUUAUUUUUCUGUAGUUUCAAAUAAUUGUGUUUGCCCCAUGCAUUUAUAAUCUUCUGUAAACUGCAUAAAUUUGUGGUUUUCAGCAUUUAAAAUAACUUGCCCAAAUUGAUGAUGGAGUUUGGUGCAAGCUGCUGAUGAGAGUAAUUUUUCACCAGCUGAAGGAUACCUGGAGUGAAGGAGAGUUUUAUUCAGCUCUGUUUUUUAAAUGUAGUUAGUUUCAGACACAGCGGGUAAAAUUUCCUAGCUCUGCUGCUGGUGUAAAGAAAAUCGUCAGCAUGUUACCUGCACUUUUUUCCCCUUCCAUAGAAUCAGUUACCAGAUUACUGCAGAGUCCAAAAUUUUCCUACAAACACCAGUGGCCAACUUACCUCCCUACUAAAGAUUCAGCCAAACGUGUUUCCCCCACCCAGCCCCCCCUCCCCCGUGCCAGUAAACUUUGUUUUCUUCCCUAUUACAUAUCAAAAUAUAUUCCUAUCUUUUGAACAUUAGCCAUGCUUUGUUGUAUAAAUAUUGUCAAAUUUUAUGGUUUCCUAAAGAAUGCAUGACAGUGCAGUGGGUUUAUACUAGAAAUUUUAUAAACCAACUUAAAACGUAUGAUUUGGUGUAGAUGUUCCCUGCAGUUUGAUGCAUAUAAUCUUACUGACUUUUAUGUACCAAUAGCAACAAAAUCAUGUGCUUCUCAAUAUGUUGCUUUGCCCCAUGCCUGGUUCUCUUUAGAUGUACUUUGCAAUUAUUAUCCUUCUUUCUCCCAGUACUCAUGCUUUCCCAUGUGAGCAUCCAGUAAUUCACCAAGAGCUUCAACUCCCUCCUUUUUACCAGUCUUAAUUUUUAUUUAAUUUAAUCUCUUUAAAGUUCCUUGUUUACAUUUUUUAAAAAAAAGGUAGUGUUUUGCAUUGGGGCCCCAGCACACUACCAAUAACACGACUACUUUGAGUCAUGAAGUUGCAUAUAAUUGAGCCUUUUUGGUGAACCAGUUUGAGCAACUCUCAUGUUUGGAUCUAGCCCCAUCAUUUGGAUUAAUUUGUUUAUGAUUCUGUUUUUUUUAAGAUGAACAUUUCAUCACAAAGUUCAAACAAAAUUUUAUUUUGAAAUUUGGAAUCCCUCUCCUCCAGUUUCCUGCAGGCUAUAUCCUUUUGUAUUCGCUGAUUUAAAUAUUGCAUUCCAUGGAGACCUCCAUUUAUGUAAUGGAAAUUAAAUAUGGGUUAAUCUUAGGAAGAGAGUUGUAUUAGAAUAAACUGUGUGGCAAACUGAGACAAAAAAAUGUAAGCAUCAAAUAAAGUAAAACCUUGUCAUUUGAGGAAUGUGAGCCGCAAUGUUCUAGCAUUAGUAAACAACUUGGGUCAUUCAGCUUUACUAUUCUUCUCAUUCAGAAAUACUUGCAAAUUUGUUUAUGUUAACCUUGCUUUGUUAGGACUCUGCUGUGUGCUGAAAUUAGGAAGUUAUCACUGAUGACAACUUUGUCUUGACUGUAAAACUAGAAUUUAUUAUAAAUAAUAAUUUGAACAAAGUUGAUAAAGUAUUGCUAUGGGAAAUCUAUACUGUGAUUCUUUUAAGGUUAAAUGAUGUGAUAUCUCCUCAAUAACCCUGGUACUGUUGUUUUGGUUAGUUAAACAUUCAGCUAUAGUAGUACUAAUAGUAUUGUUUAACCCCUAAAUUACACUUUCUGAUUGCACAGUGCAGUCUGUUAACCAAUUAGAAAAGGGCAAUUUUUCAAAAAACAAAAUUGUAAUACUUGUGUACUGUUUAAUAGCUGCUGCACAUGCUAUGUAGAAGGUAAUUGUCUGCAUUGUUUUCACUUUUUACAGUAAUUCUUCAAAAUGGAGUAUCUACACCUUUCCUAUUGAGAAAUGAUAUCACUGUUAUUCCUGUAUGUCAAUGUAUUGGUGUCAUUCUGUAGAAAUAAAUGGUAAAGCUCA